AUGCCACCAAAACCAUCUGCCAAGGGAGCUAAGAAAGCCGCCAAGACCCAGAAAGUCGCCCGUACCGGAGACAAGAAGAAGAGAAAGUCCAGAAAGGAAUCUUACGCCGUCUAUGUCUACCGUGUCUUGAAGCAAGUUCACCCCGACACCGGAAUUUCUUCGAAGGCCAUGAGCAUCAUGAACUCUUUUGUUAAUGAUGUCUUUGAGCGUAUUGCUAACGAGGCUUCUCGUUUGGCUCACUACAACAAGAGAUCUACCAUCUCUUCCCGUGAAGUCCAAACUGCCGUCAGACUUAUCCUCCCAGGAGAGCUUGCCAAGCACGCCGUCUCUGAAGGAACCAAGGCCGUC